CCGCAGCCCCUGCCCCCCUGAGGCGUGUGGGUCCCGCAGGCUCGGGGCUCCUGGCCCAGGUGGGCUCGGCCGCCUUCCGGAAGCUCUUCAACCUGGCCGGCUACUCGCUGACCUUCGCCAUCGACACGACGGGCAGCAUGAGCCCCGACAUCGCCCAGGUCCGGCGCGUCUGCCUGGAGCUCGUCCGCCAGCACGUGGGCUCCGCCGACGCGCCCCACAACUACGUGCUGGUGCCGUUCAACGACCCGGACGUGGGGCCCGUCUACACCACCCAGGACGUGGGGCAGUUCGAGGCGGCCAUCGCAGGGCUGCAGGUGAACGGCGGCGGCGACUGUCCCGAGCUGGCGCUGACCGGCCUGGAGCUGGCGCUGCAGGCGAGCCCACUGUGA